AUGGAGUCCUACUUCCAGAACCGCCGUCUCCGCCGACAAGCAGAAGACGACUUGGCCAACAUUCAAACCAAAUCUGUGCGUACCAGUACCUCGUCACCCUCAUUGGGGUCAGACCUGGAGGCAGCAGAGAAGCCAGCCGUUUCCGCAGAUGGUCCCCUUGUACCCGGUGUGACUGUUUCUCACCAUGACAAUGGCGAGGUAGUCUUCGUGGUUGGUUGGAGGGAAAACGACCCAAGCAACCCGCAGAAUUGGUCUCUGCUCCGAAAGUGGAUGGUCAUGUUGACCUGCUGUCUAAUUGCCAUCGCAAUGACAAUCCCUUCCUCGGUGGAGGGUGCGACUCAAGACGCAUUCGAUGCCCACUUUGGUGCAAACGCUAUGGCUGGAUCGAUGACGACCGGUAUCUUCCUUAUUGGAAUUGGUGUGGGCUCUCUGUUCUCUGGUCCAUUCUCUGAGACUUUUGGCCGUAACACCGUCUACUUCACUGCCCUGAUGCUCGUGAUACUAUUCAUCAUGGCUAAGGCCCUAGCACCAAACUAUGGCGCUGCUCUCGCCUUCCGAUUCCUCGGUGCUCUCUUCGCAGCCACCCCGAUGACAGUGGCCGGUGGGACUGUCGGUGAUAUCUGGCGGCCAUUGCAAAUUCCCUUUGGUCUGCCCUUACUCACUAUCGCCGCCUACUCUGGGCCUAUCUUAGGACCCGUGAUCGGUGCCUACACGCCCGAAAUUGGCUACGUGUGGGCCGACUGGAUCUCGAUGAUCAUUGCCGGUGUCGCUUUGGUGGUUGUUCUGCUCGCACAGCCCGAGACUUUCAGCCCUAUUCUGCUAGAAUGGCGUGCGAAACACCUGCGCGAGCUGACUGGUGACAACCGAUACCGCGCCGCCCAUGCCUCCACUGACUCUCUGGGUCUCCGACUGCUUAACAAUGUGUAUCGGCCCUUUGUCAUGAUCUGGACGGAGCCUAUUAUCCUAAUUUUCAGCUUCUACCUGGUCUUGCUCUACUUUGUGCUGUUUACCUUCCUUAACGGCUAUCCCUUCAUCUUCGCCAAUGUGUACGGGAUUAGCACAAGCUUGACCUUCAUUAUCUUCCUCGCGAUGAUCCCCGGUGUUAUCAUCGCUCUAUCUAUGGUCCCUCUUAUAUAUGGCAUGACAAAGAAGGUAGCGAGACAGGCUGAGGUGGAGGGCAAGGCUUUCCAACCAGAGGUAUCGCUCUACUGGGCGAUGGCGGGCGCAUCUAUCUUGAUGCCAAUUUCCCUCUUUUGGAUGGCUUGGACCUGCUACUCCACUAUUAGUAUCUGGUCGCCGAUUGUGGCCUCCGGUGUCUUCGGCUACGCGCUUGUUUGCAUUUUCACUACGACCUAUAUGUAUAUCAUCUUUGUGUACCUGCAAUAUGCAGCCUCGGCUCUAGGAUUCAUGACCUUCGCGCGGUAUGUUGUCGCUGGUGCCCUCAGCCCUGCCUCGGUCAAGAUGUACGAGAAGAUCGGUCCCCAUUGGUCGGUGACUAUUGUCGGCAUCCUUGCAACCAUCAUGGCACCCGUUCCUUUUGUGUUGUACAAGUAUGGUCACAAGGUUCGGGCCAUGAGCAAGAAUGCUGUCAACAAAGCAUAG